UCUUUUUCUGCUCUUGCUUCAACCCAAUCUCGUUUCUGAUGAAGUGAUUAUAUUGUUACCAGGCUCAACAAGUUUGCAUCAACUGUGGUGUUUGCAUGGGGAGAUAUUUUUGUGAAACAUGCAAGCUAUUUGAUGAUGACACAUCUAAAAGACAGUAUCAUUGUGGUGGAUGUGGCAUUUGUCGAAUUGGCGGAGAGGAAAAUUUCUUCCACUGCUCUAAAUGUGGAUGUUGCUAUUCAAUCAUUUUGAAGAAUAGCCAUCCUUGUAUUGAAGGAGCAAUGCACCAUGACUGCCCUAUUUGUUUUGAGUAUCUGUUCGAGUCAAGAAAUGAUGUUACGGUCUUGCGUUGUGGCCACACUCUUCACAGGAACUGCUUAAAGGAGAUGCAGGAGCACUACCAAUACACUUGCCCCAUUUGUUCAAAAUCAGUAUGCGAUAUGUCAAAAGUGUGGGAGAAAUUUGACGCCGAGAUUGCUGCAGCACCUAUGCCAGAAUCUUACCGGAACGAGAAGGUUUGGAUUCUUUGCAAUGACUGUGGAACCAGCUCAGAAGUUCAAUUUCAUAUCUUUGCUCAGAAGUGUCCUAGUUGCAAGUCUUACAACACACGCCAAACAAGAGGGAGAUAGAUAAAUAAUGUAUUAGAUGGGACUAAAAAUGGGAUUGCACCAAUCGCAAGAUCUUUGCCAAUUCUCAUUCACUCGUAAAAUUGAUGGGAAGCACUGCAGUACGUAGCAAGGACUUGUCAACUGCCUCCUUCAAAUGGCGCUGCAAAAGAUAAGAAUUUCUUUUGAAUUGGCAGUUUGUACUUGAUAUUUCCCACGAUAGUAGAAAACCUUAAGUUUGAGACUAUUUCUU